AUGUUCGCCAAGCUCGCUCUCUUCACCGCCGCCGUCUUCACCGCUCUUGCGGCCGCCACACCCAUCCCUCAGGGCUCCGGGAGCUGCAACACCGGCCCGAUCACCUGCUGCGAGGACGUGCGCUCUGCGGACGACGCCAGCGUCGCGACGCUCCUCGGCCUCCUGGGCGUCGUCGUCCAGGACGUGACCGCACAGGUCGGCAUCCAGUGCUCGCCGAUCAACGUCAUCGGCGCCGCCUCGGGCAACGCCUGCUCGGCGACCCCCGUUUGCUGCGAGAACAACAACGUCGGCGGCCUCAUCAGCGUCGGCUGCGUUCCCGUCAUCCUCUAG